UAACAUGGCCGAACUAUAUGCUGUAGUAAGCACAUUACAGCAUCUGGAGAAGGCGUACAUGAGAGACUGUGUUCGUGCCCAGGAAUACACAGCGGCAUGCAGCAGACUGCUCGUGCAGUACCGAGUAGCGUUCAAGCAGGUGCAGGGUGAUGAGUUUCCAACUAUAGAAUCAUUUACUGACAAAUAUAGGUUAGACUGUCUGGCAGCACUGGAAAGAAUAAAGGAGAACAAACCAAACCUGAUAAAGGAUGAUAAGGGAAAUACAAACAAAUACAUCGCCGAAAUUGUGUCUUUAUUCAUCACACUCAUGGAUAAACUGCGUCUGGAGUUCCGUGCGAUGGACAUGAUCCAGCCCGAGCUGCGGGACCUCCACGACACCAUGGAUCGGCUGCUUAUGUUACCAGAAGACUUCGAAGGAAAACUCAAGGUACGAGAGUGGUUGGACAAGCUGUCAGAAAUGUCAGCAUCGGACGAGCUGUCGGAGGCGCAGGUCCGCCAGUUGGUGUUCGACCUGGAGAGCUCAUACGGCGCCUUCAACAAGUUCCUACACAAGGACUGAUGAGGCAGAGGUAUCUCAUCGUGGAUGUCGGACGACGUGAAGCAUUUUACUACAUAUUUAUUAUAGUUAAAAGUAAUCACAAUAUUUUAAUAUCAUAACUAUAAUAUGAACACUAUGUAUACUUCACUCAAA